AUGGCAUGUCCACCGGAAGAUUAUCUGAGAUGUACAGUGUUAAUGUUAAAAGAUAAGGCUUAUAGUUGGUGGUCUAUGUUGACGGUAGUCGUACCCAGAGACAACAUUAACUGGGAAUUCUUCCAAACAGAGUUUAGAAAGAAGUACAUUAGUAAGAGGUAUCUGGACCGUGAAAAGAAAGAAUUUCUAGAACUGAGACAAGGAAACAAGUCAGUGGUUGAGUAUGAAAGAGAGUUUGUAUAUCUCAACAAGUAUGCUCGGGAAAUUGUACUGGCAGAGGAUGAGGUGUGCAUCCGUUUUGAAUAUGGGUUGAAUGAUGAGAUUAAAAUGAUGAUUGGUGGUACAAAGAUUCGAUAG